ACUUGCCUCUCCCUCUGGCCACUGCCUCUUACCUGGGGCUGGCAUCCCUGCUAAGUCCUGCAGCCUGGACUGUGUCCUCCAUCACCAUGGGGCUGGCAAGGGGUUGGGCCGGAAACCAGAACCCGCCCUCACAUCACUGGGCACUGCUCCUUCCUCAUUUUGCUGCUGAUUCUAGCCCCAAACAAAAUAGACUGAGCUCUUUUACUCCCUCUGGCAGCUCAUCUCUAGCUUUCGGGUGUCUUCUGAGGUGUUGCAGACAGCAUCAGCCAAGUCGGGGAAGACUGGGUCAACACUGUCAGGACUGGGACAGUGUGCCUGGUUCCUGGAUCUCAUUCAGCCCUGUCUGUGGGAGGAGAGAAAUCUUUGUCGUGGCAGCCUGAGGAUGAUGCCCCAGCUUCAAUUCAGAGAUGCCUUUUGGAGCUUUCCUGAGUACCUCCUCCAGAAGCCUCAAGAGAUAGCCUGCAGCCCUGAUCUGGUCCCUUCAUGGGGAAUGUGAGGCCCAGAGUGGCCACCCACAGAGCAUAGAUGGCAGUCCUGUGAUCUACAUCUGGCUUGAGCAAGACUCUCAAAGGAGGGAACUGCAUCUGUUGGCCACCUGGCAUCCUAUCUCAAGUGCAGGGACUUCACAGCCCACACAGGCUACGAGAUGCUGCUGCAGCGGCUGCUGGAUGGCAGGAAGAUGUGCAAGGACAUGGAAGAGCUUCUGAGGCAGAGGGCCCAAGCAGAGGAGCGGUACGGGAAGGAGCUGGUACAGAUCGCCCGGAAAGCAGGUGGCCAGACAGAGAUCAACUCCCUUAGGGCCUCAUUUGACUCCCUGAAGCAGCAAAUGGAAGACAUUGGCAACUCCCACAUGCAGCUGGCCCUGGCCCUGCGUGAGGAGCUCCGCAGCCUUGAGGACUUCCGAGAGAGGCAGAAGGAGCAGAGAAAAAAGUACGAGGCUGUCAUGGACCGUGUUCAGAAGAGCAAGCUGUCACUCUAUAAGAAGGUCAUGGAGUCCAAGAAGACAUAUGAGCAGAAGUGCCGGGACGCAGAUGACGCCGAGCAGGCCUUCGAGCGUAUUAGCAUCAGCGGCCAACAGAAACAGGUGGAAAAGAGCCAGAACAAAGCCAAGCAGUGCAAGGACUCAGCCAUGGAGGCAGGUAGGUGGCCCACCUGCCUCCUUAGACCUAGGCGGUGGAUUGGACAGACCUUCCCAACACUGCACACUUUCCUACCCUGGGGAUGUACAAACUCACAGGCCUUCCAGCUUCAAGAGUUUGACAGGCUGACCAUCCUCCGAAAUGCCCUAUGGGUGCACUGCAACCAGCUCUCCAUGCAGUGCGUCAAGGAUGAUGAGCUCUACGAGGAGGUUCGGGUGACGCUGGAAGGCUGCAGUGUGGAAGCCGACAUCAACAGCUUCAUCCAGGCCAAGAGUACAGGCACUGAGCCCCCAGCUCCAGUACCCUACCAGAACUACUAUGAUCGGGAAGUCACCAUAUCAUCUGGCAACCCUGGCAUACAACCUUCCUGUGGCAUGAUAAAAAGAUUCUCUGGGCUGCUGCAUGGAAGUCCCAAGACUGCACAGUCAGCAGCCUCUGCAGGCCUCACUCUGCUCUCAGCCUCCACAGACACCCUGACUCCCACCCCCAAUCAGAAUGAGGGUGUCUACGUUGCUGUCGCAGUGCAGGAGGCACCAGGACCCCCGACCCUGCCAGCCCGGGACUACAGGGUGGUCUAUGACUACAAAGCCCAGAAUUCUGAUGAGCUGGACAUCUCUGCUGGGGACAUCCUGGAGGUCAUCCUAGAAGGGGAGGACGGCUGGUGGACAGUGGAACAGAAUGGGCAGCGUGGCUUUGUACCUGGUUCCUAUCUGGAGAAGCUCUGAAGAAGGGGCAACAGCCCCCACCUGGACCUGCCCUAUCUGUGGGGCCAGCAGUGUCUUUGUCACUGCAAGGCUGAGUCUCCAAGACCAAGCCAGCCCCCCAACCCCAUUCGUGCUGGCUGCUCCCAUAGCAGUCUCUCAUACAGGGAAUAAAGGAGUACAUUCUUCCUCC